UUUCUUUUCCCCAUCGUCUUUUGCCAUCUUUUUUCUCUUCUAAAUAAAUUUAAAAAAAAAGGACAAUGGCGUUUUAUACCCAAAUAUUUCUUGUCUUCGCCAUUUCUUUCUUCCUUACAACCCUCCCCUCUAAGGCAUACAAAAAUUACCCCACUCCAUCACAAUCCCAUGCACCUGCCCUUUCCCCACAACAAUCCUCCUCCUUCUCGACCUCGACCUCAUCCUCAUCCUCAUCCUCAUCCUCAUCCUCUGCCUCGGCCUCUUCAUUGUCGUCCCUAACUGCUUCUGUAGCCUCUACAACAACUUUUGAAAUUCCAAAAAACAUCCCCGUUGUAUCAACAGGGGAUGUCUCGAUAUUUGUAAAAGCUAUCAUGGACGCAACAAUGUCCAAGACCGACGAAUUUAUUACCAAAGUCAUUGACAAACGUUUGGCUGAACCAAACACAGAUAUUUAUGCUAAGGAUUGUCUUGAGACAUGCAAAUCUGUCUUUGAAGAUGCAAAGGAUGCAAUGAAGAGGACUGAGGAAGAUGUCAAAGCAGGAAAUAUGUACAAAGCUAAUGUGGAUGUUAGUGCAAUGUCAACAAACAUUGAUACUUGCAAUGAAUGUGCUACUUCUAUAUAUGGAUUUGAUCCUGAGUUCAAGAAAUUUGACAAUUGGGCACAAGGGAUUGCUAGUGAUUGCCUUGAUAAGAUUACUGGCCAAAGCAGUUAAAUUGGUAUUUGAUCUUAAUAUUUCAAGAGUUUGUUAUCAACUCUUUCUACUUCUAUAAAUUGUAUUUUGCGUUGUAAUCAUGGAAAGAUUUGGCGAUAAAUAAUCUUUUAACCUACA